AGUGUCCGCCCUGCCCGGUUCUACCCGGUCUGGCCUGGCCAGCGCUCCCUGUUGGAACAGUCCUCUCACCUGGCAGCUGCACCCAGGAAGGCAGCCUUAGGCACCGGCAGGGAAGAAUUCCCAGGAGUGGCUGGAGUGGCUGUCCAUGGUUUGUGUGCACAGUUCUACACUGAGUGCUGGAAACACCAAGGCCCAUCCUGACCAUGGUCCCUGCCUGGCUGUGGCUGCUCUGCCUCUUCGUCCCCCAGGUUUUCCCUGAGGCCCAGCCCGCAGAGCUGUGUGUGGAAGUCCCAGAAAACUAUGGUGGAAAUUUCCCUUUGUACUUGACCAAGCUGCCGCUGCCCUGUGAGGAGGCUGAGGGCCAGCUUGUGCUGUCAGGAAACUCAAGCACAGCAGCUGAGGGCCCCUUUGCUGUGGAUCCAGAGUCUGGCUUCCUGCUGCUGACCAGAGCCCUGGACCGAGAGGAACAGGCAGAGUACCAGCUACAGGUCACCCUGGAGGCUGAGGAUGGACGUGUCCUGUGGGGCCCACAGUCUGUGCUUGUGCGUGUCAAGGAUGAGAAUGACCAGGUGCCCCAUUUCUCCCAGGCCAUCUACAAAGUUCGGCUGAGCCAGGGCACCAGGCCUGGUAUCCCCUUCUUCUUCCUUGAGGCUUCAGAUGGGGAUGAGCCAGGCACAGCCAACUCAGAUCUUCGAUUCCACAUCCUGAAUCAGUCCCCAGCCGAGCCUUCCCCAGACAUGUUCCAGCUGGAGCCUCAGCUGGGCGCUCUGGCCCUCAGCCUCAAGGGGAGCACCAGCCUAGACCAGGCUCUGGAGAGGCCCUAUCAGCUGUUGAUACAGGUCAAGGACAUGGGUGACCAGGCUUCGGGCCACCAGUCUACUGCCACCAUAGAUGUCUCCAUAGUAGAGAACACCUGGGUGCCCCUAGAUCCUGUCCACCUGGCAGAGAAUCUCCAAGUUCCAUACCCACAUCACAUUGCUCAGGUACACUGGAGUGGAGGGGAUGUGCAUUAUCACCUGGAGAGCCAGCCCCCUGGACCCUUUGAUGUUCAUGCGGAGGGGGAACUCUACGUGACCGGGGAGCUGGACCGAGAAGCCCAGGCUGAGUACCUGCUCCAGGUGUGGGCUCAGAAUUCCCGUGGAGAGAACUACACAGAACCUCUGGAACUGCAUGUGGUGGUCAUGGAUGAGAAUGACAACGCACCUGUCUGUCCCCCACGUGGCCCCCCAAUCAGCAUCCCUGAGCUCAGCCCCCCAGGCACCGAGGUGGCUAGGCUUUUGAUGGAGGACUUGGAUGCCCCUGGUUCCCUCAAUUCCCACGUUGUGUAUCUGCUGCUGAGCCCUGAGCCUGAGGAGGGGGCAGAGGGGAGAGCCUUUGAGCUGAACUCCACCUCGGGCAGUGUGACACUGGGGCCUGCCCCACUCCAAGCUGGACAGAACGUCUUGAUUCAGGUGCUGGCCAUUGACCGAGGAGGAGCAGAGGAUGGCCUCAGCAGCACCUGUGAGAUUGCUGUCAUGGUCACGGACAUCAAUGACCACGCCCCUGAGUUCACCACUUCCCAGAUUGAGCCUGUAAGCCUCCCUGAGGACGCAGAGCCCGGGACUCUGGUGGCUACACUCAUGGCCACUGAUGCUGACCUUGAGCCUGCCUUCCGCCUCAUGGACUUUGCCAUUGAGGCUGGAGAUGCGGGGGGGAACUUUGGCCUGGAUUGGGAGCCAGACUCUGGGUAUGUUCAGCUGCGACUCCUCAAGAACCUCAGCUACGAGGCAGCCCCAAGUCACAAGUUGGUAGUGGUGGUGCGGAGUGUGGCAGAGCUGGUGGGGCCAGGCCCAGGACCGGGAGCCACAGCCACUGUGACUGUACUGGUGGAAAGGGUGGUGCCACCCCCCAAGUUGGACCAGGACAGCUACGAGGUCAAUGUCCCAGUCAGUGCACCAGCUGGCUCCUUCCUGUUGACCAUCCGGCCCUCAGACCCCACGAGCCGUCCCCUCAGGUUCUCCCUGGUCAAUGACUCAGAGGGCUGGUUCUGCAUCGAGGAGUUCUCCGGGGAGGUGCACACAGCCCGGCUCCUACAGGGUGCCCGGCCUGGGGACAUGUACACAAUACUCCUGGAGGCCCAGGAUGCAGAUGAACCAAUGCUGAGAACCUCUGCGACCCUCAUGAUCCACUUCCUGAAGGCCCCUUAUGCCCCUGCCCCGACUCUGGCCCCUGUGCCCACCCGACACCUCUGCACACCCCGCCAGGACCAUGGUGUGGUUGUUAGUGGAUCCAGAGAGGACCCUGGCCUGGCCAGUGUGCACGGUCCCUACAGCUUUGCUCUUGGUCCCAACCCCACGGUGCAGCGGGAUUGGCACCUUCAGGCUCUCAAUGGGUCCCAUGCCUACCUCACCCUGGGCCUUCAUUGGGUGGAGCCACGCGAACACGUAGUCCCCGUGGUUGUCAGCCACAAUGCCCAGAUGUGGCAGAUCCAGGUCCGAGUGAUCGUGUGUCGCUGCAACGUGGAGGGGCAGUGUAUGCGCAAGGUGGGCCGCAUGAAGGGCAUGCCCACGAAAAUGUCGGCGGUGGGCAUCCUCGUGGGCACCCUGAUAGCAAUAGGCAUCUUCCUCAUCCUCAUCUUCACCCACUUGACCCUCGCGAGGAAGAAGGAGCUAGAUCAGCCAGUGGAUAGUGUACCCCUGAAGGUGGCAGUUUGAAUGGUCCAGACAUCCCCUGCCGGGAGCUCAGCCUCUGGCGCCAUCUGAACACACUGGGAAAAGGUCCAGCACUCCAGGUCCAUGGGGGCCGGGACAGAGCAGAAGCCCCUUCACUUGCCUUGGAGUGGAGGCAACAUCACCAGACAUGUCUGCAGAGCCUGCACACUGACUUAAUGGGCUGCCUGUGGGAGCACUUCAAAUGGCUCACGUUUGUCCAAUAAUAAAGCCUCAGAGAACUGGGCAAGGGCCCUAAGAGACUGUG